CACUCUGAGGCAAUAAGGACUAAAACAAAAAUCAAGGGGACCUGACCUAGGACCUUUUGUUGGCCAAUCAGUGAGACCCAGAGUAAUUUGGGUUUAAGAUAUGAUCCAUAAGAAAGAAAUCUAUGUUCUAUAAGAAAAGAUCAGAGGCUUGGGAUGACUUACAUGAACUAAUGUUGAGUGGAGUAGCAUCAAGAGAACACUUUAUACAACAAGAAGAUUACACAAUGAUCAGUUUUGAUGGAUGGGGUUCUUUUAAAAAGAAAAGUGAUUCAGACCAGUUCCAAUGGUCUUUAUGAUGGAGAGGGUCAUCAGAGAGAAGAUUGUAGGAAGUGAGUGUGGAUCAUAACAUAGUAUUUUUACUUUUUGUUAUUUGCUUGCAUUUUGUUUUCUUUCUCAUUUUUUCCCUAUUUCAUUUGAUUUUUCUUAUGUAGCAUGAUAAUUGUGAAAAUAUGUAUAGAAGAAUUGCACAUAUUUAACAUAUAUUGGACUAGUUGCUAUCUGGGGGAGGGAGGAGGGAAAAAGAAGAGUAAAAAGUUUGGAACAUAAGUUUUUGCAAAGGUGAAUGCUGACAAUUAUCUAUGCAUGUGUUUUGAAAAUUAAAAAAAAAAACUUUAAUGAAAAGAAAAGAAAGAAAUACAGCUCAAGAACCUAAAUAAGGUUAGGAAGUAAGAAAAGAAGGAAGAAAGCUAAUUAGCUAGCUAUGGCUUUGAAGAACUAUUUCUAUAGUUCCUGAGGAAAAAGGGAGACAGGUGACUUUGCACAGCCCUCACUCACUCAAACUCAAUUCCUUUGCAUGUCUUAGCAUAACCUCUCUGAUGUCAGGGUCAUAUUCGAGAAGGAAGGACAAACAACAGCAAUCAUAAGUAGUGACUGGGAAGAAAACAAUGAAGAACCAAGGGAGAUUUGGAACACAAUUUUACCCUGUGGACAUUUUGGAAGAUAACCCCGAAGUGGUUCAGGAAUCAUCUGUGGCUUACUAUUCUACAUUUGGGAUACAAGCUGGUACUUCUCCGCAGUACUAUUCUCUUCCUACUGGCGAAAAGGUUAAACUUGAAGAUGCCUCUGUUUGCUUCCUUCCUAUGUACCGUGAUGAACCUAAAUAUAAAAUAUUGGUUUUGGUUAAUCCCCAGGACAGAAAGACAGGUUAGUACUUGUUAAUAGAGUAUUGAAGCAAGAAUCCUGUAUUAAUGUUAUAAGUGGAAAAUGAAGGGGGAUGUUUUUAUUGUCUUCAGAACAGUAAGGCAAAUCUGAUAUUUUACAGAGUUUUUAGGAACCAAGGGCCAUACCUUUAUGCCUGUCGAUUGAUGUUUGUGUCAAUAUUUGUAUUAGAUUCACAUCAGCAGUCUCCUCCCAAAUGACAAUAUUCAAAGGGUAGUAAAUCAGGAAAAUGACUUCUGUAGUCAUGGAAGUCAAGAACUCAAUU